UUCCCAGAAAUGUUAUACCCUCCGGGUAAAUACUUUGCAAAUGGCUCUGCUUCUGCAGUUCAACCACCAGAAUACGUUCGCUGUCCAGGAAUUGGCCGAAAAUGUGGGAACCAGCCCGGAGACACUGAUAAAGGUGAUGCGUCCACUGAUCGACCACAAGCUAUUGAUCGCCAGUGAAAAUUCUGCACCCUUGACCCCGACAUCUUCUAUAACUGUGUGCAGGGAUUACAAUAGAAAACGGAUCCUUAUAAACUGUUUAAAAUCUAUCGCACCAAUGGGUCAAAACCCGACAACUGAAAGAAAUAUACAUAUGCAGGCGCUAGAUACAGCAAUAGUGCGCAUCAUGGAAAGAGAGAAGCAAUUAGAACUAGAUCGACUGAUUUACGAAGUGACGUUAGAGCCGAAGCAUCACUCCAGACCCAUUUUUAAAAUUAAAGCUCGUAUUGAACAUUUUCUUAAAAAUAAAUACCUGGAACUUUCAUCAGGCAAACAAGUAAUUAAACUAUCUAAAAUAUAAUUAUAUUAUAAUGAGCCAGAUUACCAAAAAUGAUUCGAACAGAAGUAAAAAAAAGAUUUCAUUUGUAAAAAUUUCUUACCAUCGGACAAAAAAAUACAUUUGUAACACAAGCAACACAAACAUUGGACUUUUUGAUUUAAAUCAAUCAGCUAGGCAGCUUUAUGAAUAUUAGGAAAGUUACCAUAUCUAGCAGAUUGACGAAUGUGGAUUAGAUCGGUUCACUAAGACAGAAGGCUAUGUGCAUUGGCUAUGCUACCCUUUCCACGCGCUUACUCCUUCUCUCUCACUCUUUCUCGUGCAGUGUGCACCGCUAUCGGAGCGGAGCGAGACAGCAGCACAUAUUAGC